UCAGGAGAGCUGGGUUCUAGCUACAGCUUUUACCCUGAUUUGGACCGGUACUUUUGAGCGAAUCCCUUUCCCUACUCUGGGCCUUGGUUCCCCCAUUUGAAAAAAAUGAAGUGGUUGGACUAGGUCAUCUCUAGGGCCCCUUUCAGCUGUCAGCAUUCAGUAUUUUAAAGUCCCUUCCAGCUCCGACGUUCCAGUUAGGGGAUCUCUAAGCACUCUUCCAAGAUAGGACCUCCAUCAAUUCUACUAGGAAGCCUUUGAGCUCUCUGCUGGGCGGAAACAAAGGGUCUGGGGCUCAGGCCAAAGGUGUCCCCUCCGGGAGGGGCACCUGGGGAUCCACCUGGCCCGGAAUGGAAAUCUUGGGAGGAGGCCUGGUCUUGGGAGACGAGUGCGGUGCCGCAGUCUCAGAUUAACUCCUGUUAACAGGGCGCCCCCACCAAGCCCACCUCAGUUCAUCUCUCUGGCCCGCGGCCCCCACCGACUCUCAGUCCUCCCGAGGCACUUUCUGGGGGUCCUACCGUGAAUUCGGGGAGGGGGCGGAAGUCUAGAGCCGCCCCUCCAUUUCCGUCCCCACUUUCCAGCCGUGCGGGGUGGGGGACUGACUCCUAGGCUUGGGGUGGGGGUGGGGGCGCGGGGUAGGGGGAUCCUGUGGCGGCGCUACUCGGAGUAUUACGGCGGCGGCGGCCAGGCUGGGCGGCUUCCUGCGGCCGCGGUGAAUGAGUCGGACUGCGCUGCUGCCGCCGCCUCCCGUAUAUAAGCCACCGCGAGUCCGGUUGCCAGCCCAGUGCCAGCCAGCCCAGGAGCCGCUCUUUCUUUCCUUCGCUUUCUCCCUGCGUCUUUGGUCCCUGCUGGCUCGGGACAUCCCUCUCGCUCUGAGCAGCUAUUUCUGGUGCAGCCACCUGCCUCCAUCACCCCCAGUGCCUCCCUUCUUUCCACUCUGUUGUCCCCAUGAAGAAAACCAACAUGUGGCUGUUGGAUCGGCUGAGAGGGUCUGGGGAGAAUGGUGCCUCCCGGGGGGCAGAUGGGGACCGGUCCUCCAAGGGGCCCCUCUACAGCAAUGUGCUCACCCCAGAUAAGAUCCCCGACUUCUUCAUUCCUCCGAAGCUUACUACUGGGCCAGGUGAGGCAGAGGGGGCAGCUGCCGGCUCCGGCUCUGGCUCCGGCUCCGGCUCCGGCUCGGGCUCCCCACAUUUGGGAUCUUCAACUUCUGAACAAAACUUGGCCUCCGGUGGCAGCGGGCCCCGAAAAGCCCAACGGAGCCCCCGACUGACGGCCAAGCUGGCGGCGGAGAGCAAGAACCUGCUGAAGGCAGCCAGCCGACACGUAAUCCAAAUUGAGAGUGCUGAGGACUGGCACCCCGAGGAAGAGGAGGAGGCUGUGGCUACCAACGCCGAUCCCCAGGCGCAGACGGCAAUGUCUCUGCCCUACGUGCCCAAGGCCCAGACAUCCUAUGGGUUUGCCACUCUGAUGGAGAGCCCCCACACCCGACGCAAGGAAUCGCUCUUCCACAGCGAGCACACCGGCCUGGCCCAGGCCGGAUCACCUGGUGCCCUCCGAAGAGCCAAGGCCAACGGUGAGGGCACCUCCCGGGCUGAGGCCCUGAUGAGCCCCUACCGAUACUUCAGUGGCGGCGAGAGCGACACGGGCUCGUCAGCCGAGUCGUCCCCCUUCGGGUCGCCCCUGCUGUCCCGCUCUGUGUCCCUGCUCAAGGUUUUUGCCCAGGAUGGGCAGGCCAAGGUGAGCCAGCUGAGGCACUCUGUGGGCCGCCACAGCUCCUUGUCCACAGAUGACAGCUCUGCCGACGUCAGCCCCAGUGCCCGCCGCCGUGCCCGCCGUGCCACCCCGACAGGCCCCGAGGCCAGCGGCGAUCCCUCCUCAAGCCCUCGAGGUGAGCACACCGUGCGUCUGGGGAAACGCGGGAGCCUUCGUCUAGCAGCUGAGUAUGACCCGGCCAGGGCCCGCCUUCGGGUGAGGCUUCUGGCUGCUGAAGGCCUCUACGACCGCCUCUUUGACACUCGCAGCAUCAAUUGCUGUGUGGGCCUCUGUCUCACCCCAGGCAAGCUUCAGAAGCAGCGGAGUACCAUUAUCAAAAACACUUGGCACCCCAUCUUCAAUGAGGACUUCUUCUUCGAUGGCCUGUGCCCCUCUAGUGCCCGAAAGCUGGCUCUCAAGCUCAAAGUGGUGAACAAGGGUGGCAGCCUGAAGAGGGACACCCUGCUGGGGGAGAAGGAGGUGCCCCUCACGGUCCUGUUGCCUUUCUUGUGAAGGCCCUCCCCGACCCAGCCCCCCCAUCUCAGAGGGGGGUGUGGGGAGCCCCUCUCUGCCCUGCUCCUGCCCUUGGUGCUCCUCUCAAUUCCUCCCACAUUCCUGCCCCACCUGCCCCUGCCCGCCCAGGGAAUGUGGGGAGACCCAAAACCCACAGCCCGGAGAGCCAGCUUGUUCAGAAUGAGGGGCGCAGGGCCAGGGCCUUGGGGGUCCCAGGAGGGAUUGGGGGUGAGGGACGACAAGUAGGCCCCAGCUCAAACCCAGACACCUGGCUAUGCUUCAGGCCAGGUCGAUGUAAGAAACUAGAUUGUUUUUUAAACUAAUUAAUGUGGCACUGGGAGGGAGGCUGAUACAGCCACUCUGGGGAGGGUCAGAGCAUCGUAUUUGAAGGCAGGAUGAUCUGGCUUCAAAUCUCAGCUCUGCUGCCUGCUCGCUAGGAGACCCUGAGCAAGUCUCUUCUCUCUGGCUUUGGUUUUCUCAUUCGACAAAUGAAAGGGUCAGUCUAGAUCAUUUUCAAGAUCUGCUCCAGAUUUGAAUUCCUUGACCCAGAUCUGCUGGCCCAAGGGUUUCACCUCUCUCUAGCUGGGGAAGGAGACUUCUUGAUAGAUGAGGAGGAGGCAAGUAGGCAAGAAACCCAUUGGGCUGCUCCCAGUGGGGAGAAGUGGGGGAUAACCUCUCAUUUUUCUGCCCUCCUCUAUAAUCGUAAAACUAUACCUUCCUCCCACUUUCCCCCCAGGUUGCUAAAGGCUUGCCAGAAUCUGAGCAACCAAGCCAGAGAGGAAAGGUUCCAGGGAACUUCCAGGGGACCUGAGUUGGGGAUGAGCCUCACUGUGCAGGAAGAGUCAGCCCCAAAGGGAAGGGGAUGAGAUUCUUUCUAGGGCUCUCUAUUGCUUUCCACCCUGAUUGACACCAACUCUGCUUCCCCAGGGGCACCCAACUGACUACCCCAGCUCAGAGGUACAUAGGGAGGGAAGCUUCCCAUCCCCAGAAGCCCUUCCUGGCUCUGCUCCCAGCCCUAGGGGAUAACCAUUAAAGUGAUGGAUGGCCUCUGGGAAUGAUCAGAAGCAAAAGCCAGGUUCUAGAGCUAAGAGGAUUUUAGAGCUUAGUGGACCUGUCCAGCCCAACCCUCUUGGUUCUACAGGUGAAGAAGCUGCAGGGCAAAGAGAAUGAGUUCCCUGAGGUCACCCAGCAGGAGAGUGUCAGAAUCAGGGCUAGAACCCUGAUUUCUAGAGGAGAAUUACUCUCACUCCCAGGCAUUGUAGGGCUAAAAUCAGCCUGGAAAAAGCCCUGGGAAGAAAAGAUUGAAGGAUUGUUUCCACCUCCUCCCCCUGGGGAUGGAGACAACCAGCAUGUCUGCCUGUUCCCCCCUCUUUGGGCCAGGGGUGCCUUGUCAGUAUUUCUACCUUCUGCUCCCCAGCCAGGGAGCCAUUCAGUCCCAGGCACUUCUGGUUAGCCUCUUCCCCUCCUCUUCUUUCCUACUCCUUGGUAUCUGUGUCCUCUUCCUUGUCUCCCUGCAUGAUUCCUGGCUUCUGCCUGAGAGAGCGUCAUGGGGCCCCCACUGUGCCUGGCCUCCAGGGCCCAUGCUUGGCUCCCCAUAUUCUUGCACACAGCAGAUGGCAGCCGUAGGCCUUGCUGUGUAUAGCUAUUUAUACUUGGAGAGUGAUUGACAUCUACCCAUGUUUUAUUCUGCGUGUGUAAAUAUGUUUUGGAUACAGUCCGGGUGGGUACAGUGAUUUUUUAUGUUUUUUUUUGGUAGUUCUGUGGCCUUUAAGAAGCCUUGGCUGGUCCCCGUGGGGCAGACAGAGGGAAUUCCCAGCUCAGCCAAGGACUGGAGGCAGCUUGGGAUGGUUGCCAGGAUAAUUCAGGCCCCAUUCUGAGAUGGGGACCUAGCAUUCCUUCCCAGCUCCUCAUCUUGGCACCCCUUUGAAUGGCUAUCCAACAGACCCCAGUACUCUCCACUGGGUCUCGAGCACAAGGCAUCCCUUUCACUCAAACUCUACUGGCAUGGAAGUGGGGAUGAGCAAACAGUCAUCUCUUUGCUUGAUGGGCAAGACUGGCCAAUUCAUCUCUUCCAUAAUUGGCUUCUUCUUCCAUUUCCUGAUUGGGGAGCAGUUUAGAGCAGUCAGAAACCCCCAGUUUCUGGCUUCCAGAAUCUUAAAAUGUCAGAUCUAGAAAGGACCUGACCAUCAGCUCUAACCCUAUAAUUUCAGAGCUAGGGAAACUGAGGCCAAAAGGGCAAAGUGAUUCGCCCAAGACACUCAUUAUGAUUCUGGCAGCAGAGGACUGAAGCCCAGGCCUCCCUUAGCUCUUGGUCCAGGCUCAUUAUUUCUGCCACCUGUUGGGUGGCUGGGAUUAGUAAUUGAUGCUAAUCCUUUUAGGAUCUGGAAGAAGCCAACAUGGGAAAUGGGGAGAGGGGGCUAAAAGCUGAAAGCUGCUCAAAAGAACUGAAUUUAGGGUCUCUAGACUAUAUAUUCCUGAACCCCUCUCCCCAAACUGAGAAGUCGGUGUAUACGGGGCACUCAAAGGAUGCCCUGCCUAAUCCCCUCGGUGCUUGGAAGUCAACACCUCAUCCCAGCAGGGACCCUGGGUCUCUAGGUACUUCCCACCCCCUGUAGUCCCUAAGGAACCUACCUGCCAAGUGGGCAAAACCAUCUAGGCCCUCUUUCUCUCUUGAAGUUCUGUUUUGAUGUUUCAACUUUCCUGAUAACGUUUAAAGUGAACUCCAGUUAUCCACCCGAGUGUGUGUGUGUGUUUAUAAAUGCGUUUUUAGUGCAAUAAAGGCAUUUCCAAAA